GACACUUCCUCCUGGGCCGCAGCCGCAGAGUUAAAACUUUGGAGGGGGAAAAAGAGCCACCGGCGCCGAGCGCCGGGUGACCCUCCUUUCCACCCCCCACACACCGCCGCCGGUAACGCCCCCUUCUCCGCGGCCCCCGACCGAACUUUUCUCCAACUUCUGAGACCCGUGAGAUUCCCCCUUAGCACCCCGGCCCUCGGGAUCCCUUUGCCCAUCCCCGGGCCCGUCGGAUCCUUGGGAUCCACUCGAUCCCCGACUCAGAGACUCCUGUCCUCCAUCCCCAAGGUCUGAUGAAGCCCGCGGACCCCCUUCUUGAUUGGAUCCUCGUCUUAGAGCCACUGUAUUCUGGGAUUCCCCCUGCUGCCUUCUCAAGCCUUUCUCUCCCCAAGGGGCUUUGGCUCCGGGGCUCUCCUGAUCCCUGAGAUUCCGACCUCCUAGAUUUUCUUGAUUUCUUGGAAUCUCUCAAGCGCUGGGUCCCUCAAACCAUUAGAUUUCUCCUUUAUGACUCCCGAGCGUUUGACCCACUAGAUUGCCUUUCUUUAAUUUCCCAGGGUCCCGCCAUCCUCGAGUGCCCUCAACCUGCUAGAUUUCUUUUCUCGUAUCCCCGGGAUUCCCGCGCUCCCACCACCAUCUUACCGGCUCCCUCGGAUCCAGUGACCCGGGUUCCCCGGGCUCCUUCAGCCGCAUCCCGGGUGGGCGCCGGGCGGCCGGGACUCCCCCCGCCAUGGCCGCCUCCCCCUCCCAUCUCGCCGGGCUCCCAGGCUCUCCCGGGCCGGGGUCUCCUCCGCCCCCCGGCGGCUUGGAGUUGCAGUCGCCGCCGCCUCAACUGGCCCAGGUCCCAGUCCCGAGCUCCGGGGUCUCCUUCCACAUCCAGAUCGGGCUGACCCGCGAGUUUGUGCUGCUGCCCACCGCCUCUGAGCUGGCCCAUGUGAAGCAGCUGGCUUGCUCCAUCGUGGACCAGAAGUUCCCCGAGUGUGGCUUCUACGGUCUUUACGACAAGAUCCUUCUCUUCAAACAUGACCCCACGUCGGCCAACCUCUUGCAGCUGGUGCGCUCGGUGGGAGACAUCCAGGAGGGCGACCUGGUGGAGGUGGUGCUGUCGGCUUCGGCCACAUUUGAGGACUUCCAGAUCCGCCCGCACGCCCUCACGGUGCACUCCUACCGAGCGCCGGCCUUCUGUGAUCACUGCGGGGAGAUGCUCUUCGGCUUAGUGCGCCAAGGCCUCAAGUGUGAUGGCUGCGGACUGAACUACCACAAGCGCUGUGCCUUCAGCAUCCCCAACAACUGCAGUGGUGCCCGCAAGAGGCGCCUGUCGUCCACGUCUCUGGCCAGUGGCCAUUCUGUGCGCCUCAGCACCUCAGAGUCCCUGCCCUGCAUGGCUGAUGAGCUGAGCCGUAGUACCACCGAGCUCCUGCCUCGCCGCCCCCCGUCAUCCUCCUCCUCAUCUUCGGCCUCCUCCUACACGGGCCGCCCGAUCGAGCUGGACAAGAUGCUACUCUCCAAGGUGAAGGUCCCGCACACGUUCCUCAUCCACAGCUACACGCGGCCCACCGUCUGCCAGGCUUGCAAGAAACUCCUCAAGGGUCUCUUUCGCCAGGGCCUACAGUGCAAAGAUGUGCCGAUGGAGGAGGCCACCGAUUUCAGCGAGGCUGACAAGAGCUCCCUCAUGGAUGAGUCUGACGACUCCGGGGUCAUCCCAGGCUCCCACUCGGAAAACGCCCUCCACGCCAGUGAGGAGGAGGAAGGCGAGGGAGGCAAGGCCGAGAGCUCCUUGGGGUACAUCCCGCUAAUGAGGGUGGUGCAGUCGGUGCGACACACGACGCGGAAAUCUAGCACCACCCUGCGCGAGGGUUGGGUGGUUCAUUACAGCAACAAGGACACGCUGAGGAAGCGGCACUAUUGGCGCCUGGACUGCAAGUGCAUCACGCUCUUCCAGAACAACACGACCAACAGAUACUACAAGGAAAUUCCACUGUCAGAAAUCCUCACCGUGGAGCCCGCCCAGAACUUCAGCCUUGUGCCACCAGGCACCAACCCCCACUGCUUUGAGCUCGUCACUGCCAAUGUCACCUACUUUGUGGGCGAGACGCCCGGCGGGGCCCCAGGGGGGCCUAGUGGGCAGGGGGCCGAGGCUGCCCGGGGCUGGGAAACGGCCAUCCGCCAGGCUCUGAUGCCAGUCAUACUCCAGGACGCACCCAGCGCCCCAGGCCACACACCCCACAGACAAGCUUCUCUGAGCAUCUCCGUGUCCAAUAGCCAGAUCCAAGAGAACGUGGACAUCGCCACUGUCUAUCAGAUCUUCCCGGAUGAGGUGCUGGGCUCUGGGCAGUUUGGAGUGGUCUAUGGAGGAAAGCACCGGAAGACAGGCCGGGACGUGGCAGUGAAGGUCAUUGACAAACUGCGUUUCCCCACCAAGCAGGAGAGCCAGCUUCGGAACGAAGUGGCCAUUCUGCAGAGUCUGCGGCACCCCGGGAUCGUGAACCUGGACUGCAUGUUUGAGACACCUGAGAAGGUGUUUGUGGUGAUGGAGAAGCUGCACGGUGACAUGCUGGAGAUGAUCCUCUCCAGUGAGAAGGGCCGGCUCCCCGAGCGCCUCACCAAGUUCCUCAUUACCCAGAUCCUGGUGGCUCUUAGACACCUUCACUUCAAGAACAUCGUCCACUGUGACUUGAAACCGGAAAACGUGUUGUUGGCAUCAGCCGACCCCUUUCCUCAGGUGAAGCUGUGUGACUUCGGCUUCGCGCGCAUCAUCGGCGAGAAGUCGUUCCGGCGCUCGGUGGUGGGCACCCCUGCCUACCUGGCGCCCGAGGUGCUGCUCAACCAGGGCUACAACCGCUCGCUGGACAUGUGGUCGGUGGGCGUGAUCAUGUACGUCAGCCUCAGUGGCACGUUCCCCUUCAACGAGGACGAGGACAUCAAAGACCAGAUCCAGAACGCCGCCUUCAUGUACCCAGCCUGCCCCUGGAGCCGCAUCUCCUCCGGAGCCAUUGACCUCAUCAACAACCUGCUGCAGGUGAAGAUGCGCAAGCGCUACAGCGUGGACAAGUCUCUCAGCCACCCCUGGUUACAGGAGUACCAGACGUGGCUGGACCUCCGAGAGCUGGAGGGGAAGAUGGGCGAGCGGUACAUCACGCACGAGAGUGACGACGCGCGCUGGGAGCAGUUCGUGGCAGAGCACCCUCUGCCCGGGCUCGGGCUGCCCCCGGAUGGGGACUUCGGCGGGGCCCUCCCGCCGCAGGACCGCGAGAUGCAGGGGCUGGCCGAGCGCAUCAGCAUCCUCUGAGGUGUCGUGCUCGCACCUUGGCUGCCCCAUGAUGCUGUCCUCCGGUCCCCGGAGAGCGCCCCUCCGCACCAUCUCAGCGAGGAACUGUUCUAAACAGAAGCGGCUUUCUGCCCAAAAUGGAUGGGACACACCCCAGGAGAGGAGCAGGGUGGGGGCCCGUGGCGGGUCAGGGAUAGUUAUUUCCAACCUGAACUCCCCAGCAAUUAAAACGAACUCAUCUCUGGCCCCAUGGCCUCGGUCUCUGGCCACAC